AUGGAGCCCACGUUGACGUCACUCGAAGAGUUCCAAGAACGCGACAGCGGGUGGGCGCUAUCGCGAAUCCACAACUUGACUGUUAACGUGAACAAACUGAAUCCUACGCGCGCGGGAUGCCACAUAGACGUACCGCAGGAAAUUAUGCUUAAAAAAGUGGUGAUCAACGUGAAAUCUAUGAACAAUGCGUGCUUCGCGUGGUCGGUGGUCGCCGCUCUAUACCCGGCAGAAAGAAAAGUGGAUCGGAAAUCAUCGUAUCCGCAUUACACGUCGGUGUUGAACCUCGCAGGUAUCGAGUUUCCGAUGACUUUAAAAGACAUUCCGAAAUUCGAACGUUUGAACAUGGUGUCGAUCAACGUAUAUGGCAUCGAGAAUAAACAGAUCCUUCCUCUGCGGCUCACCGGUGACAAGAAGGAGAAACACAUAAAUCUCCUGUACCUACAAGAUCCACGCGACGACAACCUAGACCACUUUGCGUGGAUCAAGAAUUUGUCUCGCCUUGUAAGAUUACAAAUUACUGGGAACAAGAAUAAGAAAUUUUUCUGUGACCGGUGUCUUCAUUACUUCAGCUCGAGCGCAAAGUUACUGACGCACGAAGUGGAUUGUCAAAAAAUCAACGACUGUGCCAUUCGACUGCCGAGCGAAGACGACAAAUUUCUCGAAUUCGACAAUUAUAAUUACCAAGAACGAGUGCCGUUCAUCGUGUAUGCUGACUUGGAGUGCGUGCUGCGGAAGACGGAUUCCAAGGAAGACGCAUCGUCGUACGCGUAUCAGCAGUAUACUAGAAGCGUUUAG